CGCGUGCGGGCCGCUGCCAGGUGGUCGGGGGACGCUGAGAAGCGCUGUCGAGCUCUGUGGGCGGGUAGCGCGGACUGUGCAUACAACGGUGCCGGGGAUGUGGAGCGCCGGCGGCCCGGGAGGUAGCGACGCUCCCGGGAGGGGUGGAGAGCGUGCGGUUGCCGCAGAGUGGCUCGGACGCAGAAGCGGAGAGCAGCCGGAGGGCGCCCCGCCCCGACCGAGCAGCGGGAGCCCCCGGCUACCCAGGCCUCCGCCUGUCACCUACGUCCAGCCAGCUCCACGGUCUCCUCCCCUUGCUCAGGUCCACUCGGUCCCUCCCCUGGGCCGCCCAGAGCACCAAGUUGGCGGGAGCCUAUAAAAGCCGUACCUUGCGACCCGCGACAAACACUGCAAGACCGCUAGACAGAGGACAACUGCUGUUCUGCCCCAAGCACCGGCGCGACCAUGUCCCACCACUGGGGAUACAGCGGGCACAACGGACCAGAGCACUGGUAUAAAGACUUCCCCAUUGCCAAUGGAGAACGGCAGUCCCCGGUUGACAUUGACACCAAGACUGCCCAGUAUGACCCUGCCCUCCAGCCUCUGAGUGUAUGCUAUGAUCAAGCUACUUCCAAGAAGAUUCUCAACAAUGGCCACUCCUUCAACGUUGAGUUUGAUGACUCCCAGGACUGUUCAGUGCUGAAAGGAGGACCGCUCAAUGGCACCUACAGAUUGAUCCAAUUUCACUUUCAUUGGGGCUCAUCUGAUGGGCAUGGCUCUGAGCACACUGUGAACAAAACAAAAUACGCUGCAGAGCUUCACUUGGUUCACUGGAACACCAAAUAUGGUGACUUUGGGAAAGCUGCACAGCAACCAGACGGACUGGCUGUUUUGGGUAUUUUUUUGAAGAUUGGACCUGCUACACAAGGCCUUCAGAAAGUUCUUGAUGCCCUGAGUGCCAUUAAAACAAAGGGGAAGAGUGCUGCCUUCACUAACUUUGAUCCUCGCUCGCUUCUUCCUGGAAACUUUGACUACUGGACAUACCCUGGCUCUCUGACCACUCCGCCUCUGCUGGAAUGUGUAACCUGGAUCGUGCUCAAGGAACCCAUUACCGUCAGCAGUGAGCAGAUGUCUCAGUUCCGUAGACUGAACUUCAACACAGAGGGGGAACCUGAAGAACUGAUGGUGGACAACUGGCGCCCAGCUCAACCACUGAAGAACAGAAAGAUCAAAGCAUCCUUUAAAUAAAAUAGUCCUGUAGCGGGCGUCCAAACAAUAGCUGCCUCUCUGUAGCUGAGCACAAUUCUACCUUGGUGAUUUGGAUUCCACUUUGUGUCUCUCACUUGUUGUGGUUAUUAAUCAAAUGUGAAGAAGACUCAGGUGUCUCCCAUGGUGGUAGUGUGGUGGCAGGUUGGUAGCUGACUAUGGCACGCCCAUCAGUCAUAGCAAUCUAAUGCAAAAGACAGAAAUGGCUUCUUGCCUUUCUUCACAGCCAUAGGAUAAUGAGUACUCAGGCUUGUUUGCUAAAAUGCUAUUUUUAAAACAUAGGAAAGUAGAAUGGCUGCUUACAAGUCCAGAUCAUGAGACAAACUGAGAUAAUUUAAGCAAAUCAGGUAAAAUAGCUACAGUUUUAUGAUUAUAAAUUAUAUAAAUGUUCACUAUUUCAAGAUGUUAUAUUAAAUAAAAACUUUUAAUAUGCUUAUAUAUUUGUAGCAAUGUUAUCUUAAAUUUGAAUUAUGUUGUAACUUGGUGACUUGAAUUUUAGAGAUGCAAAUAAGGUAUAAAAUUGGUAUAGUUGUGAUACAGAGUAUAUCAUAACUUAAUGGAUAAUGUAUUUUAGAUAUUCUCUAAUAAAAAUCAGAAUUAUA